UCCCGGUCCUCCAGAUCCUGCUCAUCCUCCUCUCCAGCACCAUGUUCUCCUCGGUUCUGCUGCUGCCGCUCACCCUGGCCCUGCUCGGGCCCCUGGGGGCCCUGGCCACCCCCCCGGAGUGCGGGCCCUGCGACCCGGAGCAGUGCGCCCCCCUCCCGGAGGACGGCUGCGCCGGCGGCGCGGUGCCCGACGCCUGCGGCUGCUGCUCCGUGUGCGCCGCCGCGGAGGGAGAGCCGUGCGGCCGCAGGGCCGGACGCUGCGGGGCCGGGAUGGAGUGCGCCCGCAGCGGGGACGACAAGAAGGGCAAGGCGGGAACCUGCGUGUGCAAGAGCAACUACGAGGUCUGCGGCUCCGACGGGAACACGUACGCCAGCGGCUGCGCCCUGAAGAAGGCUAGCCUGGCAGCGCUGGAGGAGGGCAAAGAGGCGGUGGAGGUGAAGAGGAAGGGCCGCUGCGAGUCAGCCCCCGUCAUCGUCACGGCUCCGGGUCAGGUCUACAACGUCAGCGGCUCCCAGGUGUUCCUGAGCUGUGAGGCGGUGGGAGUUCCCACCCCGGUGCUCACCUGGAGGAAGGUGGUCAGCGGCAGGAGGGAGGAGCUUCUUCCCGGAGACAGAGACAACCUGGCCGUCCAGACCAGAGGAGGACCGGAGAAGCACGAAGUGACCGGCUGGGUUCUGAUCUCCCCUCUCACCAAGGAGGAGGAAGGAUCCUACGAGUGUCACGCUACCAACGAUAAAGGAGAGGCCACGGCAGUGGGAGCAAUUUACCUGGUGGAGAACGAGGACGAGGUCGCCGUCAAGACAGUGAUCAAGGACGGCGAGCUGUGAUCAGCUGAUGAUCUUUGAUCAUUGAUCAUUGAUCGGUGAAGAUCGGGGAGCUGUGAUCAGCUGAUGAUCAUUGAUCAUUGAUCGGUGAAUCGUCGCUGGAACAGAUUAUUUCAUCUUUCAUGGAAGAGUUGAAAAAGACUUCUUCGCUUAUUUCAGAAAUGUUUUAAUUUUUUAAUUGAAUUCUAUCUAAAAGUUUCUUCUUUUCUCGCUGCAUUUAAACAUUUUUAUCAUUUAUCACCUUUAAAACAAAACAAACAUGACUUUUCUGUCCAGUCAGGAAACGUGUCGCCAUGGCAACGGCGUGAUUAGAUCAACGAUGGACGUGUUUAACAAUAAUCUGUAAAAGUGUGAUUCUUUUUUUCUGUUCAGUCAGAAAACUUGAUUAAUCUGUUGGAACUGGACAUAAAAAGUAUGUUUUUAUUUUACUCUGAAUUGAAUAAAAAAGUUCUGGGUUCCAGAGCCGAUCGAUGAUCAGUUUGAUGUUCAAUUCUGCUGUUUCUGAUCAAUAAACCAAUAAAUCACAUGUUGUUGUCCAUCCAUCGUCCUCCAGGAGGGAAAGUUCUUCUAAAAUAAAACCAAAUAAAACCAAAUAAAAACCA